GUGCUCGACUAUAGCACACGUUUUAUUUAUUUUUUUUUUUUCUAUUUUUGAAUUUUUUAUUUCAUUAUUUGGCAAAAAGUAUUGUAAAAAUCGUAAAAAGUGAUAGUGUAAAAAUCUCAAUUGAUAAUCGGUGUAAACCAAAUUAAGUAUCGCGUUCAAAUGACUCAAAAUCUAAAAGAAUUAGAACAAGAGCUGCAGUUGCUGCCGCCGUCGCCGCAGUCGCCACCGCCGCAGCAGCAGCAGCAACAACAACAACAACAACAGCUACUACAGCAAAACGGGCAAAGCGACGAUGAGGACCAACAACCAGAACAACCCAAACAGGAGCAACAACAAGAGCAACAACCACCAGAACCACCAGAACAACAGCCGCAACAAAAAGAUAAUAAACAACAACAAAAACAGCAAGCGAAGAACAAAAUAUUCUCGAGCGAUGCCGAAUUGUUGCGCGACUUGGCGAAAUCGCAGCCACAGCAAACGCCUCAAUCGCCGCACGAGAAACGCAUCGGCCUCAUCGCAGCUAUGGGCCACUUUCGCCCAAAGAAUGCCACGCCCAUACAGUUCUACAACUAUGUAAGGGAGUUCUGCAUAAUGCACAACUGCAGCAUCGACGAGGCCAUGGAACGGGCACCCGAUGCCUGGACGAAGCUCAGCAAGGAUCAAAGGAAACUCUACAAUUCGGAAAUGCACGCCGCUCUGCCCAUUCCCGUGCCGCGCCACCUCAUCUAUAGGGCGUUUCAGAUGGAGCGCGCCGGUCGCUGGAAGAUCAGCUCCACACCCGCCGCGAACGGCACGACCACGCUGUACUCGAUGGAAUCGUAUUCGCCGCCGGUGAAGCCCACCAAGCUGCAGGCGCGCCUGAAGGCGCAGCAGCCGCGCUACGACAAUCUCGCCGAGAUUGUGCCCUGCAUCCCGGAGUCGCCGCGCGCGCACCCGACAUCGCCUUCGGGCAGCUCGCCGAAGGCAAAGGCGUCGUCCGAUCAGCGGGAGAAGCGCGAGAAAACGACGCUGACGCUGCGCGAGCUGCUCUCCGAGCCGAACCUGAAGGGACUGCGCAAGGCUCGGGGGGGCGGCAAGGCUGCGCCAGCGGCGCCGGCCAGCACACAGAAGCAGCAGCAGCCGGCACAGCGCCCGACGCCGGCAAAGUGCAAGAGCAAAAAGCUGCUGAACACGUCGUCUGUGAAGAAGAAGCAGCAGCAGCCAGAGCCAGAUCAGCUGAAGCCGCCGCAGAAGUCCCACCGUCCAGAAGCCGAGCAGACGUCGGCACGCUCGAAGCUGCCAGCCAAUGGCAAGCGAAAGCACACACUCAGUAAGAAAUCGAAAUCCAAAUCCUAAGUGAGCCUGGCCAGAGCGCCAGAUGAAUUUCUCAAUCACCAAGUUAAGAUACAUCCUCAUCCUCAACGUUCACGAUUACAAACAGCAUACAUGAUAAACAAAAAAAAACAAAA